GAGCUGGCUGCGCCGGGGUCGCCCGAUAGCAGGAAAGCGCGCGGCGACUGUAACUGCUGUAACGACCACCUCACUUUUGUUUGUUCUGAAUGAGAGACACGCCACUUUUGCACGGCGGGUGUAUAGUAUAGGGUGGUCGGUGACGGUUCGCUGACCGCUCGCGGGGCCGCACUUGCUCUGCUCAGCGCUCUUGCUGCAGCGCGCGUCAGCACUCGGGGAGCGUUUGCGACCAAAGCCACCGCGGGGCGACGCGCGCAUGAUGUGAUGGCACUAAAAGCGGCCGCAGAGCUCUGCACGACGCGUCGGCAGGCCGAGGCAUCCGCGACCGUCUCUCUCGCGCUCCCCUUCUUUGCCUGCUUCGGGAGAGUCCCCAGCCCUGACCAGACCAGCAUCUGCCGAGAUGCUGCAGGCGGACGAAGAGAACGUGAAUCUGUCCUCUCUCGCCGAUGCUCAGGCAUUUUUAAGCCAAUUUGAUUGGUACACUUCGAGACUGGAAAUGAGCAUAGGCAACCUCCAAGCGCCAAUGUAUGAGGGCGAUAACUUGGGUCCAGAGCGAUUUCGGAAAGAAGUUGUUAAUCACUGGAGUGAAAUAAUGAGUCAGCUUCCACUAGCACAGCAACAAGACCGUGCCUUCCAAAACACAUUAACGGCUGCUCUUGAAAAUGCUAUUUUAUCACAAGUUCAUGAUCGAGUAUUUCAAGAGUUGUUUGCAAAAUAUGAAGAAAAGGACCACAAAAUUAGGAGACACUGUCAGUAUUUGACAGAAAAAAAUAUAUCGGCAGAUAAAUUAGGUGUUCCAGAAGGAUAUGCUCUUUCAUUUCCUGCAGCAGUGGUAGAGCUUGCUGCUUUGGAUAUCCAGAAAUGUCCCUUGGACAAACUAAGAUGUCUCCGUUCUACUCUAGACUACAUAGAAGCAGAGAUAAAACGGAUCAUUGCAGAAACUCACAAAAUGACAUCAGAGGAUGAGGCAGUCAUUCCACCCAUAACAUCAAGUGAUAUAGUGUCACUAUUAGCAGCUGUUCUUAUUCAAGCCAAGCCCCUCCAUUUAGCAACAAAUUUAUAUUAUGUGGAAUCAUACCAACAAACAUUAAACCCUUGCGAUCCACUGUGUACAAGUCUUGAAACUUUCCAGAAGGCCCUGUCACAUGUUUUAUCAAUUGAUAUUGAGGAGGAUGAUGAAAUCAAACCUGUCCGUCUUGGAAGAGGAAUGUCUAAAGAAAUUGAACUUGAAGAACUAGCACAGCUCACAUGCUAUAUGGGCAAAAUGCAGCAAAGAAAAAAUAGUGAGGCAUGCGAAAAUUCUGGAACCACCACCACCCCAUUGGAAUGCCAGCUGCAAGAACUAGCAGGCAGAAUAGAAAGAGCCAUGGACAAUGACGAAAGCCAAAGACAUUUAGAGGAUUUACUUAUCAAUGAUGAUGAAGAUAAUUAUACACACAUAGUUUUGUAACAAUAAGAAUUACCUGAA